CCUGCUCACGUUUGAUGCUCGCUUCCGCUACUGUUUUCCUUGUAAAUAAUUUCGGUAUCGAGUGGGCAGUGUCACGGUGUCGGUCGGCUUAUGAUUGCAGUUGACAGGGACCUACGAUAUUUAUUAACGAAUAAGUACGACUGAUCUUCAUUCUAUAGUUGAGUGCUGAGGCCGACACUGAGAGUGACAACGCAAUCCUAUUAUCUGUAGAGGUGAACGAGUAACACAUUUUGGCCCAGGUAAAACGAAGCAAAAAUGAGCUUUCAGUGGACGAUAGUAGCUGCAUUUCUGUACGCGGAAAUAGCCGUAGUGCUCCUGCUUAUGAUUCCGUUUGUGUCACCAAAAGCAUGGAACCGCAUUUUCAAAUCUAGGUUUUUAAAAAGUUUGAGUGCUCAGGCUGAUAUAUACUUCACCGUGAUGAUCGUGGUUCUGCUUCUCUUCUUCUUUGAUUCAAUCCGUGAGAUGCGUAAGUACGGCAGCCAUGGCGAGGAGGAAGCUUCACAGCACCAUCACCACCACCACUCCAACUUGGACGCCGAGAUGCAGCAAAGCAUGCGAAUGUUCCGUGCCCAGCGCAAUUUUUACAUCGCAGGUUUCUCACUUUUCCUCUGGCUCGUGAUUCGUCGUGUGGUGACGCUCAUCAGCGCCCAGGCGGUGCUCCUCGCCGAGAACCAGGCCUCGAUGCGUCAGGCGCAGUCUGCAACCGAAGCCGCGCAGAAAUUAAUGAAGCAGGGCAAGACUCUUGGAGCUGAGGGCUCUAAGCAGAACGAAGGGAACAGCAAGACGGAAUCGCUCGAGCAAGAUUUGAAGGAGCUGACGGAGGAACUUGACAAGGCACGCAAAGAUGUAGCGCGGAUUACGGCAGACCGUGAUGCGCUCAAGGGCCAAGCUGAGAACUUGACCAAGGAGUACGACCGGCUGUGCGAGGAACUGGCAAGGGCACAGCAGGUGGGAUCUGGAGAGUCAUCUGGGAAGAAAGACAAGUAGAAGUCCUGAGCGUUGCGAAGACCACGUCUUUGUUCCUCUGUCUGCGGGGCAGGCAAUAUUUAACGGUCAACACGACAAUGUAAAGUGUGUGUGUGUAAGAGUGUAACACACUUUCUCUUAAUCAAGGUUGUGUUGGAAAAUCACUGACGAUCUGCUGUAAGAUACUUACGUUAAUGUCUACACUCCUUUUACCUUGCUUUUUUUGUGUGUGUGCACAUGUUGUAGCAUGAUUGCAGCCAUUAAAAAAUUCAUCCUUGGG